CUUCCCUCUCCAGACUCUUCUCUCUCCCCUCUUUUCUCCCACCCCUCUCUCCUCCUCCGCCUCCGUACCAGACCACGCAACCAACCACCGCAGCGACGGCCACGCCAAUCGCUAGCGCCAAGCUGCUCGCCGGCGAAUAGCCGAGAACGCAACCAAACCACGCCGAACAGAUCCGAGUGAGGUUUAGCCAUGGGGAUGGAUUACUACAAGAUCCUGGGCGUCGACAAGGCCGCCACCGACGACGACCUCAAGAAGGCGUACCGCAAGCUCGCCAUGAAGUGGCACCCUGACAAGAACCCCAACAACAAGAAGGAGGCGGAGAACAAGUUCAAGCAGAUCUCCGAGGCGUACGAGGUGCUGAGCGAUCCGCAGAAGCGAGCGGUGUACGACCAGUACGGCGAGGAGGGGCUCAAGGGUCAGGUCCCGCCGCCGGGCGCCGGCGGGGCGGGCCCCGGAGGCGCGACGUUCUUCUCGACCGGCGGCGACGGGCCAAACGUGUUCCGGUUCAACCCGCGCAACGCGGAGGACAUCUUCGCGGAGUUCUUCGGCUCGUCCAGCCCGUUCGGCGGCAUGGGCGGUGGCAUGGGGGGAGGACCCGGGAUGCGGGCCGGCGGUCCGCGGUUCUCGUCGUCGAUCUUCGGGGACGACAUCUUCGGCUCGGCGUUUGGCGGAGGCGCCGAUGGGCACCACGGGAUGCACGGCGGCGGCGGGAGGGCGUUGAAGGCGCCGGCGAUCGAGAGGAAGCUGCCGUGCAGCCUGGAGGAGCUGUACAAGGGCACCACGAAGAAGAUGAAGAUUUCCAGGGAAAUUGCUGACGCUAGUGGGAAGACCAUUCCAGUGGAGGAGAUUCUGGCAAUCGAUGUGAAGCCUGGGUGGAAGAAGGGCACCAAGAUCACCUUCCCGGAGAAAGGAAACGAGCAGCCGAAUGUGAUCCCGGCCGACCUCGUGUUCAUCAUCGACGAGAAGCCGCACCCGGUGUUCACCCGCGACGGCAACGACCUGGUGGUGACGCAGAAGAUACCGCUCGCCGAGGCCCUGACCGGCCACACCGUCCACCUGACGACGCUGGACGGCCGCAGCCUGACGAUCCCGAUCAGCUCCGUUAUACACCCGGGCUACGAGGAGGUUGUCCGCGGCGAGGGCAUGCCCAUCCCGAAGGACCCGUCCAAGAAGGGCAACCUCAGGGUCAAGUUCGACAUCAAGUUCCCGUCGCGGCUCACCUCCGACCAGAAGUCCGGCGUGAAGCGGCUGCUGGGGCAGUAGAUCAGGUGCACCGGUGUAUCAGCCCUUUCUUCUGUGCAGUCUAGAGCUUUUUUUCUCCAGAAGUCCAGAUCAUGUGCCACGCUGCAAGGCAAUGCGGCCUUCGAUGUGUGAGAAACUGAGAACUAGUAGAACGUUGUACGGUUUUGCGGUGCA